AUGAACCGAUUCGUUCAGAGGUCACUGCGCUUCGCCUAUGGAGUUGCUCGCAUCCUAGGUGUCAUGAAUCUCGAAAUUGAUUUCGAGACGGGCCGUGCUCGGGUCACACGUCGUACUACCAUCUAUGCGGCAGUGAUGAAUGUGUUGACAUUCAGUGUCCUGCCGCUUAUGCUGAAUCUCAAGCAAGUGGUAGCGGUUUCCUGCCGCGUCACGCUACUGCACGAAUAUUUGUUCACCUUUGUGGUGGCCAUACGCAUUAUUAGUAUCUUUGUGACGAUCAUCAGUCGAUGGAUCAAAAAGCGUCGACUACUGCAUAUCAUACGCGCGGUUCGACACUUAAAAUGGAGGUUGUUGCGGCAGGCCCCAAGCGAUAGUCGGCGAGCCACACGGGCUUGGCAGCGUGGUGUUAUCAUUAAAUUCAUGUCAGCCACGCUGGCAGAAAUGGGUUUCCUUAUGGUGGCCGUUUACUUAGUGCGUGAAUAUUUAGGUCUGAGACUGAUUCUGGGCAUUUUCCUGAUCUUUAUGCUUAUGGCACUACUCAACAGCAUCAUUGCGCAAUAUUACGUUGCGCUACUUUACGUUCAAGUUUAUCACAUAAUUCUGAACGAACAAUUGAAGGAUAUAGUGGGCGAAAUGCGUUGGCUCUGUCGGCGACAACGUAAUGCCCAGUGCAUGGGGGUAUUUGUGAUGAAGUCGUGUAUCCUGACCGACCGUUUGACAGAGCUGGCUCAGAUACAGGUCAAACUACAGAAGCUGUGCCUGCUUAUCUCCACAACAUUUGGGAUACAAGUUCUAUCUGUCACUCUCGUCUAUUAUAUGUCCUCGAUAGGCGCUGUGUACUUUUUCUUCAGUCUAUAUAAGCACGACGAAUUGCGGUUAGGCUGGAGUAACUUGGGGUUGGCUUUCGUCGUUUGCUCGCUGAUCAUAUACUUUGUAGACAUGCUGAUUACUUUGAGAAUCAAGUUUUUCAUUUUGGAUGAGAGUGCUCUAAUGUCUCGGAUUUUGGAGCAAUACACGCUCUUUAGUGGAUUGGAUGCACGCCUUGAAGCUGCUUUUAAAGACUUUCAACUGCAAGUAGCACGCAAUCCUUUAAAGCUGCCUGUUUACGGUCUCUACAAUAUGGAUCGUCCUCAAAUGAUGGCAACAUUCGUAUCAUUACUUUCACAUUCAAUACUUUUGAUCCAAUAUGAUAUGAAGAAUUACUGA